UCCAUUUGGACCAUACAGGAGCUCAUUGUGAUUGAUGAUAUAAUUUUUCCACUUCCACAGGGCUUCACGGCGUCUGAGCUGAAGAUGGUCGGACCAAGUCUCAUUGGCGCCGGCGUGUUCUUCUGCUUCCUGCGGGUGUUCUUCUGCACGUGUCCCCACUGUUGCCGCCAACGGUGCGGUUGCCAGUUUCCCUGCUGCUUCCAGCACGGCGCCGAAGAGCCGCCGGGUGUCGGUGGCGCCGAGAGCCGCCGCGACGACGUCGUCGGCAUCGCAGUUCAGCCCCUGCAGCAACACGGCCAGCAACAGUCGUCGUCCGCGGCGACCCCGGUUCCCGGGGCGUCCACACAACCGCCGCUGCCGCCAUCGACGGAGAAUGAAUCAACGUCUAGACAUACGAGUAGUCGAGGCAACCCCUCAUUGUCUUCAGCCGGCGGCGGGCGGCCGCGGACUUCGGCCGCCUCCACGAUCGCCGCCGCCAUCGACCCACCCGACUACUACGCCGACGUGCCGAAACUGCCGACGAUCUCCUCGGUCCGCGGAAGUCGCACAGACGUCAUUCGAGAAGAAGACGACUUGUUUGUCGACGUCGACGAGACUCAGUUUCAGCAGCAACAACAACACCAACAACAGACAGACGAGGUUUUGUUGUCCGCCAAGGCGCUCAACUCCUCGGGCCUCACUUGACCUUAAACUGCUUUUACGAACUUUUUUUUUCGUUUGUUCGUCGAUAUAUUUCGUGACGGGAAAAAGAGAGAAGAAAGCGAAAAACAAGGGAGUCCUUUCAAGUGUCGCGUGAGAGUUUCCGGGGGCAUUCAUAAAGUUACAGAGUCAUUUUUUUUUCAAGAGCAGCUUUGAAUCAAAGAUGCACUUUUCGGCUCUGAUUUUUGCAAGUAUUAUUCAUAAGACUGCUUUGGUAUAUUACAUCCUCAUAGAAUCGGAUUCUCGUGUCUCGUGCAUUUCAAUUUAAGUUUAAAAAAUUUAAAGAAUAUGGUCGUAAAAUCCUUCUUUCCAUUUUUCGUUCCUCAACAGCCAGGGUAAUGAUGAGAAACUUUCUGAAUGCCCCGGAUGUUUUUUGAGAAGUCAUGCUUGCGGGAAACAUGUGAUGCGUAAUUUCUUUCAAAGAACUGCAAAUUUAUUGCUUAAUAUUUGGAAAUUCGACGCUUUGAGCAUAUACUGUAUAGAUAAAUAAUUUAUGAAAAAAAUUAUACACGUUUUCGCACUUGUAGAAAUAAUCGCCACUCGUCAAAACCUUAAAAUGUUAUGGGUGUGUUUUCGGUUAUUGUGUUCUUCGCUUUUUUUUCAAUACUAUGUAGUUGAACAGAUGUUAAAAAGGGAAAUUUUGAUACUUGACACAUGAAAGGACCUGCGAGACUACCUCAACACAUUUCAGGCAAGUCCGAAUUACGAGAGGCAGUAAUUGACUUUAAUUUUUCUACUAUGUUCCUGAUGUUAAAUUCUGAAUGAAAUUUUGAAAAUUUAAUAACACCAGCACAUCUUAUUUGUUGUUCGUUUUCCGCGGAAAAUUUGAUAUUUUCAAAUAUGAGUGAAUAUCGACCUGAGCCAAAGCGUGCCAAUAUUUCAGAAUGACCCAUCUUCUAAAUACGCUUUUAAUCGUUAAUUGCGGUUUGAAUCCCGAAAACAGGGGAGUAUUUUAAUCGCCGUAUAAAAAUGUAGGUCUUUUCUGAUUGAAGAAUAUUCAGAGGACGUAAAUUUACGUUUCUUGAAGUAUACGUGUAAUUCACUUUAACUUAACCAAUGUCUGGCUGUGAAUUGAAUGGACUUGGCAGUAUCCUGAUUCCUGAGGAACCUUUCGACACCAUGUUAAAAAAUUUUGUGCAAUUUGAAGACGAAAUGCAAAAGUUCAUUUGCAGGAAUGACGUUUGAAGUUAACGCUACAGACAAGGCAUCUUAUUAAAGAGUCGCGAUUUUUUUUUCCUUCAAUUUUGCCCGAAGAAGAGUACUUUAAAUUUGAAAUAUCUGAAAAUAUUCAGAUUUUUAAAAUGCUGCAAAUGUCGGAUAUUGUUUUGUUGUUAUAUUGCUGAUGGAAUGAAUGAUUAAAAAUCGCAUUCACUGACACA